ACGGAGGGGGGGAGGAGGAGGAGGAGGAGGGCGGUGUGGCGGUGGGGGGAGGGGGGUGGGGAGGACCGCGGAGCCGCCGCCGCCGCCACCGCCACCGCCUGGGCACCGAGCGGAUCCCGAGGCCGCCGCCGGGGCCCGCUCAGCCGCCGGGAGCACCCCGAGGCACCCCCUCCUUUCGCAGCGAGGGGAGGGGGGAGGCCGAGGCCGGCCCUUGCUGGGGGGUGGCGGUGGGGGGGGACAGGCGGCACCACCACCAUGUCCGGGCGCGGCCACAACAAGCUGCCGACCACCGAGCGCAUCGUCAAGGCUGUCCCGUUUCCUCCCACGCAGCGGCUCACUCUGAAGGAGGUGUUUGAGGACGGGAAGCCUAGGCUUGACGUCUUGAAGAGCCACUUGGUAAAGGAAGGGCGCCUGGAAGAGGAUGCGGCGCUGAAGAUAAUCAAUGAUGGGGCUGCCAUUCUUAGGCACGAGAAGACAAUGAUCGAAGUGGAGGCUCCGAUCACAGUGUGCGGUGACAUUCAUGGGCAGUUUUUUGACCUGAUGAAGUUAUUUGAAGUUGGAGGAUCACCCAGUAACACCCGCUACCUCUUCCUGGGAGACUAUGUGGACAGAGGCUACUUCAGUAUAGAGUGUGUGCUGUAUUUAUGGAGUUUAAAGAUAAAUCAUCCCAAAACAUUGUUCCUCCUUCGAGGGAACCAUGAGUGCAGGCACCUCACAGAAUACUUCACGUUUAAGCAGGAGUGUCGAAUCAAGUAUUCAGAGCGAGUGUAUGAUGCAUGUAUGGAUACAUUUGACUGUCUUCCUCUUGCUGCCCUCCUAAACCAGCAGUUUCUGUGUGUUCAUGGAGGACUGUCUCCAGAAAUCACAUGUCUAGAUGACAUUAGGAAAUUAGACAGGUUUAAGGAGCCUCCAGCCUUUGGUCCAAUGUGUGACCUACUCUGGUCUGAUCCAUCAGAAGAUUAUGGUAAUGAGAAGACGCUGGAGCAUUUCACCCACAACACUGUUCGAGGCUGCUCCUAUUUCUACAGUUAUCCUGCAGUUUGUGAAUUUUUGCAGAACAAUAGUUUGUUAUCUGUAAUCCGAGCUCAUGAAGCCCAGGACGCUGGGUACCGAAUGUACAGGAAGAGCCAGACAACAGGCUUUCCGUCAUUAAUCACAAUCUUCUCUGCACCAAAUUAUCUAGAUGUCUAUAACAACAAGGCUGCUGUACUGAAAUAUGAAAACAAUGUCAUGAACAUCAGGCAGUUCAACUGUUCCCCUCAUCCGUACUGGCUUCCAAACUUUAUGGAUGUCUUCACAUGGUCUUUGCCUUUUGUAGGGGAAAAGGUCACAGAAAUGCUCGUUAACAUCCUCAACAUAUGCUCCGAUGAUGAGUUGAUUUCAGAUGGUGAUGAGACAUUGGAAGAUCACUACAUUUCAAGCUAUCAGAAAGGUGGGACAACAGUCCGUAAGGAGAUCAUCAGGAAUAAGAUUAGAGCCAUUGGGAAGAUGGCACGUGUUUUCUCAGUUCUUCGGGAGGAGAGCGAGAGCGUGCUGACCCUCAAAGGCCUGACCCCCACAGGUACACUGCCCCUGGGAGUGCUCUCAGGGGGGAGGCAGACCCUGCAGACUGCCACAGUAGAAGCGGUAGAGGCACGGGAAGCCAUUCGUGGAUUUUCACCGCAGCACAAGAUCCGCAGCUUCGAAGAAGCCAGAGGGCUAGACCGCAUUAAUGAACGCAUGCCGCCACGCAAAGAUUCAAUGCACUCAGACGGGCCGGUAAACUUGGUAACCUCAACAAACUCUGCAGACAAGAAUGGCACAGGGAAGAAAGCCCAGUAAUGGUCCGAACGCCCAAUCUGCACCACUAAAGGAUCCAAAACUUAAUGAAUUUUAUUUAUUUAUUAUUGGGGUGGGGUGGGGGCAGGGGAGAAACCAACUUCACCUGGAGGCACGUUCAUAAUCCAGUUUGCAUCCAUUCUGUAAGAAAGGUGACCAUUUUGUAAUUUUUUUAUUUAUGUUCAAUAUAUAAAAAGUCCAUCUUUUUUUAAUUUAGAAACCAAUCUAACUGCUAGUGCAUAUAUGAAGUGUUGUGCUGUACAGCUGACCUCUCCUCCACGAGAGGCAAACCUCUGUGGGGGGAUUAAAAGAAACAAAAACAGUCCCAGGCAACUUGGGUCGUUGACUUUGGUACAAUUCUGAGUUAGCCUGUGCUUUCAAAAGCAGGUUCUUUCAUUUAAAAUAGGGUUGGUUUGGGGUUUUUUUUUUUUUUCCACAAUUGUCUUCUUCCCAGAGUUUGCUGUUGUUUUCUUCAACUUCUUGCCUACCUGCAUCUGCUGCUUUAGCAACUGAUUCUGUGGAAGGCACGUUGCAAGGUGCAGCUGGCCCAGCCCCAUACUCUGCUUCAAAGGUGACAUCCAGAUGCAUAGUUCUGGAUUAGCUCUAAGGGACUCCAGUGUGUUACCCUAAUCAGAGUAGCUUUUUCCUCAGUAAGACAGUUUUAGUCCAGUGGAGCCAGGAAAAAAAAAAAAAGUAGCCUCUUAAAAAGAGCAGAAAGGCAGGUGGGAGAAGUGUUUUCCCUUGUUGCAGCUCUUUCUACAGCUCCGGUCUUUCAGAAUCCCUGCAGCGGCUGAACGCAGGAUGUGGUCAGUGCAGGCUGCCCGUGCAGCAAAAUCCCUCUGGGAAUCCCUCUGAUUCAGAGCAGAGGAAUUAUCUCUAGUCUCUAGUGAUCAACUGAUCUUUGGGAAAUCUGCAUUGCCUAAAUUUAACAGGAAGAAGGGGAGGGGUUAUAACUCGUGGGCAGAAAGCCCCCCGCCCCGCGCACUCCCACCCCUGCAUACGGCAGAGCCUUGGCAUGCUUCCCUGCGCCGUGGCCCUUGAGCCGGCCCUUGCCGAUGGGUGCACGAGCGGUGGGCUGCGUCGUGGUCUCCCUUUGGCCGGGAUCGCCUUCUUUUGGGGGUCCUUCGCCUUCCGUCCCGCUGGGCAACAUGGGCUUGUGGCAUCCCGUUGCCAGCUGCCUUGUUAUCCAGUGGCUACUCCUGUGACUCCAAGGGAGUGCUGGCAUCCAUCAGCCUUUGCCGACAGCCGGAGGGGGCUCGGCGGGCGCGCGAUGCCAGCGUUUCUGCGCGUGCUCGCGGCACCUCUCUCGGGGAGGCGGCAGCUCCUUGGAGGAGCUGGCAGAUCCCCUGGGUGCUGCUCCGGAGGGUUGAGCUUUGCAGCCGAGCUCUGCGGGUGAGACCGCCGAGGGUGUGCUCCGCGUUCACCCGCUCCGUUUCGUUGCGGCCAGGCCGGACUGCGGCCUGUCUGCUGCAUCCGCUGGUAGCUCUUGCUCCCUGCUGGCGUGGGAGACGGGAGGAGACUUAGGCCAGUAAAUACCCGGUGCAGGCGAGGCUGCUCUGCUCCGGAGGCAGUAGCGUGGGAGCCAAGGAGAGGCGACUCCUGCUUUGGAUGACGAGCAGCACCGCAGCACUUGGGAAGUGAUAAAAACGCGGGGCAGGAUCGGUGAUGGUGCUGCUCGUUUCUGGAGAGAUGCAGCUUGUUGACUAAUGGCCAGUAUUGAGACGGCUUCACAAAAAGCCUCUGGUUUUGGAAGCGUUCCCUGCCUUGGCUGUGGCGGGGGGAUGGUUUUAGCGUAGGUGAGCAGGUAGAAGUGCCCGGUGGCCCUGGUAGGUUUGGGAAGGCUGUUUGUGCCGUGCCGGUGGGGGGGGGGAGCCUCCUGGCCGAGGGAGGGUUUCGGGAAAGUGCCCCCUUCGCGUUGUACAGGAUUUUGAAGCUUGAAGCUGUACGCAGAGCCUUGUUCUUUCACUUAAACUUUGCCCCGAAAUGAGUGUUGGGAAAGGAUUUGGCAGGAUUCCCCUUUGGUCGUGUCCUUUCCCUGCAUGUCGUCUGAGUUUCACCCUCUUCUGCCGUAGUUGCACUGACUCAAAGCAGCAGCUUUCGGGAGCAAAUCCCUUACCAGCUUCCACUUCUUUUCCAACUCGACUGUCUGUUACACUUUCUCCGAGCGAGGGCAGCAGGUGAGCAGGCUUAGCCUCUACUAAGGGACACUUGCCAACCCCUUCUCUGGAUCUUGCUGUCUUCCCUUUGUGCUCCGGCCCGAAGCUGCGACUCCAGCUACAGAGGAAAACAGCAACCUUGCAGGAAGCUUUCAAAUUGUCUUAUAAUCAUAUGUCACUUAAUUCCAUGCCAGCUAUUUAGGACACUGUAUCUGUGAGCAGACCACUGAGUUUUCACAAGAGACUUUGAGUCGCAUGCCUCCACUUUUCUUUUUCUUUCUUUUUUUCUUUUUGUUUUUUACACACCCACUGCUUUGCAAAAAGUGCGAGAUGUUUUGAGCAAGCUUCUCUAACCCCAUAUGAGGCAUGGGGCCAAUUGCCUUUGUCUGUGAGUAUUUCUUCUGUUUUUAUGGCAUCCUUUCGGAAACACAGUGAGCCGAUGUGUGGUAUCUUCCUCUGAGAGCGCAAACCGUGCAAAGGUGCUGCCCUUGCAUGUUCGGGCAUGUUGUUGUGACCCAGGCUGGGAUCUCGCCCAAGCAGCAGUUUUAGUCGAGAGUCUGGGGACAGGGGCUGCGGGGAGGUGUUUCUGCCCCGCGCCGGACCGGCUGCGAGCCGGGGCUCGGCAGGGAUCGUCCCUCUGCCGAGGAGGACGCUGCCGCGGCUUGCUCUGCUCGCGGCUCGUCGCCAGCCGGGAGCUACGCGCCCGAGGCGGUUCCUGUCCCCCGUGCCCUGCCCCAGGGAACGGCACUGCUGCUCGUUUCCCUUGGGCUGCUGGCGUUGGCUUUUUGGGAAAGAGAGGGCGCUUCUUGGUGAAACCUCCCCUCCGAGCGGGCGCUGCGGGCUGGCUUUUCUCAAACAGCUUGCACUCCGGCCGCGCCAGCUCCUGCCCAGGAGGGGCCCGUGCUUGCUUGGGAAGCCGCUUGUUUGCCAGCCGCUCGUUCCUGGGCGCCCGCAGCUGCCGGGGAGGGCGGCCCUGCUGCAGCUUUCCGUGCCUCUGCUUUCCUCGUUUCCUCGGAGCAGCGGCUGGCGGCUGCUGGCGGGGUCCCCGGGCACGUCCCAGCGGAGCGCCAUGCCCUGCCCUGGUAGGGAAGAGCAUUGGCCUUCUGCGGCACGGCCCGCGGGCAGCCCUGCUCGACCGGCCGGCCUGAAAUAUUCCCACCAAGGCCAAACGAAAAAUGCUAGGAAUACACCAUCUUUCCCCUCCUCUUCCUUUUCCCUGAACGCCAGCACCUCGGAGCUAUGCACGUCUAAAGACACCUCAUCUCAGAGCUCCUGCCCGUCCCUUUCCCUCCCUGGUUGCCAUCCAGAAGCUUGACAAACAAGACUUUGCAAAAAAAGGAAAAAAAAAAAAAGUGCAAACUCAAGCCAAGGAGUACGAGCGGCCGGUGGCAGCCGGGCCCGGGCAGGGCGCGCGCCGCGCUGCUCCUCCGCAGGCUGGCCUCGCAGCCUGGGUUUUUUGCAUGUUAUAGCAAGGUGCAUGUGACAAGGAGGGGAGUCAGCAAUGGGUUGGGUGGUGGGUUUACUUCAAGCUUUGGGAUCAAAGGUGCGUUCACCUUGUGUUGGGAGAACCUUUACUGUGAUGCCGUUGCGCAGCCCUCCUCCCGGGGGCCCCUCGGGGCCCCCCACGCCGCUCGGACAAAAUCCGACCUCGCUCGAGCCUGCGGCAGCGCAGCUCGGAGCCUGCCCUGCCGCUCCGGGCGGGACCGUAAAGCCCCGCAGGACAAGUGGUGGGUGCAGUGAUGGUGAUUCUAGGUUCUCGAUGCUGAAGGAUCAUAUGCCCGUUGCCUGGAGACUGCCUCCUUUUUUUUUUUUCUUGCUUUUUUUAGUUAUGUUUAAAGACAAAAAAUGGUGAAAAUGUUAUUUAUUGGCAGAAAUUAUUUAAUAUAAUUUCUUUUUUUUGUGAACAAGGAAUGAAUUUGUUAGAACUGUCUUAAUGUAAAUGGGAAGUCAUCUUUAAGGAAAAAAAAAAGUUCAAAAUUGACACAGUC